AUGGCGGCACUAUCUUCCAACUGGAAGAAGCUUCAGGCAAAGCUUAAGGAAGAAUCGGCUUCAAAGCCAUCCUUGAAGCGCAAAUCAGAGACCUCGACGACAAACCCACCACCCAAAAAGACCAAGGCUCAAAAGACUAUUACAAAACCACAAAAAACAGCAAAACCACCAGGACCAGCCACCAAGAAGAAAAUGGGAGGUGUACACAGUACAAAAAUUGAGGAGACAGUGCCAGGAACCUCGACGUCCCUCGCGUUAUGGGCUGAAGACCAUGAUGUAUCCGCAGAAGCCCUUGCAGAGGCAUACAAUCUGGGUGCCAAGGACAACUCAAUGAUGCUUGCUGCUGCAAAGGAUAAAGUCAACCACGGGCUCGCAGAAGGCAUCGAGGUUGGAAAAUACAUCGCCAUUGACUGCGAAAUGGUUGGCGUGGGGCCUGGUGGUCAUGAAUCAGUUCUCGCUCGUGUGAGCAUUGUCGACUUUCACGGCGUGCAAAUCUACGACUCUUAUGUGAAGCCGAAGGAGAAAGUCACGAACUGGAGGACGGCCGUUAGUGGAAUCAGCCAAAAGAGUAUGAGAUUUGCCAGGGACUUUGAGGAAGUGCAGGCAGACAUCGACAAGCUUCUCCGAGGUCGGAUAUUGAUUGGACACGAUCUCAAGCAUGACCUCGAUGCCCUCAUUCUUAGCCACCCAGGCAAAGAUAUUCGAGACACAGCCAAGUUCCCGGGGUUUAAAAAGUACGGCAACGGAAGGAAACCCGCAUUACGAGUUCUUGCUCAGGAGUUGUUGGGGGUCGAGAUACAAGGGGGUGCACAUUCCAGUAUCGAAGAUGCGCGGGCGACCAUGUUGCUCUUCCGCAAACACAAAUCGGCUUUCGACAUGGAUCAUGCGAAUCGGUAUGCACCGAAGCCAACAAUCGGAGGGGCUCAGAAAGGGAGCAAGCAAAAAAAGAAGAAGAAAUGA